AUGGGGGCCUUUGGAGGUCUGGGCUUCGAUACCACUGUGGGUGAAGCGCAUGCGCAUGGAUUGGCUAUGCAGAUGAUACAAAUGGUGCGGACUCACCGCGUGCAAGACUUAGGCCCCUUGCUGGUGACAGCUGGAAUUUUGGAACGCAAAGAAGAAACACCUGCUGCGCCAUUCCGUCUGGAUCAACCUCGAUUGUCGGCCAUCUGGAGCCAAUUCUGCUUGGUUUUUAUCCCAUUGCAGGCUGAGGGCUCGCCAUUGGUCAAGCGCACGUGCUGGUAUCACCAACACUAUGGCCAUUGUGUUCGCUGCUAUUCAGUUGCCACCUACAAAGGCUUCAUGCGAGAGGAAGCACCAUGUCAGACAGCAGAGGAGGCUGCAACGGCCUUAGGGGAUUCGGGCGAUGAGGCAAGGAUCCCGGAGACCAGGUCCAAGAGGCAGAAGCGCAAACGCGGUUGA